CGGGCACGUCGCUGCAUAAAGCGGGAGAAUUGAGGCUGACUGAAGACUUGGAAUGACUCAGUUCCACAUUCUAAAACGGCCUGCGCUUGACUGUGGUUUUACGUCACUGCCACAUGAUCAUCCCUUGUGAAGAUGCUGGUUUGACACUAGAGAAUCAAUGAAUGAUGCGUCGUUCAGGAGCGCCCAGCCAGCGCUAUGGCAACGUGGCCAAAAGGCCCAGGUUCGUCCCACCUCUAUCCAUCCAAGGAGCCAUCCAAGGACAGGUCCUGGAAGCAGCACCGCAGCCUCCCCAGGGAACCCUGAGUGAUACACUCAAUAAGGUUCAGAAGGCUGUAUCUGACAAGAAAAGCGAAGGCCCCACUUUUUCCAAAGCUCUGACGAGAAUCCUAAAUGCUGUUCCACAAGGAGAUAUUAAGGAGAACCUCACAGGAGUGCAAGAAUGCCCCUCUUUGCCACCACAGGAUUUGACCCCCUCAGCAGACAGGUCCAUUGCUGGUUCCAGGUGUCAGUUGGAAGCCACGCCCACCCAGUCGCCUUUGGCACUCAACAGCUGUGCUCCGGCACUGGGACCCACAGAGGGCGAUGGGGCAGUGCCCGACGCCCGGUAUUUCAGCGUAAUGUGGUGCAAAGCGUCCAAGAAGAAGCACAAACGGUGGGAAGGUGACGCUGUGCUUGUGGCGAAGGGCCGCAGCGUCCUGCUGAAGGACACGGAGGGCAAGGACAUCGGCCGCGGCACUGGGUACAGGAGCUCAGAGCUCGAGAGCCUUGCUGAGGGCCAGACGCUGAUGGUGGGGGGUAAGGAGAUUGAGGUGAUGGGCAUCAUCUCUCCAGAGGACUACCGUAGGGGGCGCUGCUUCCAAGAGGCCCAGGUGGAGGUGCCAUCGGGACCCAUCCGCAACCCCCUGUCCAAGCCCUUCUCCAGGCCCGGGGUGAAAGGCGUGGCCGCAAACCCUCGAGUUCCAGUUUGCCAUCCACGACAUGACCCUCUUGCCCCAGGAGCCCUGGUCAUGCCAAGGCCCACGGAGAACCACCAGUGGACGUUCAACCAGGGAGGGCUUCCAGUGGUCGAUGUCGUCGUGGAUCCCCACCUCACGUCUCGCCUGAGGCCUCACCAAAGGGAGGGCGUGCUCUUCCUGUACGAGUGUGUCAUGGGGAUGAGGGCGACCCGUCGGCAUGGCGCCAUCCUGGCAGACGAAAUGGGUCUUGGGAAGACACUGCAGUGCAUCACGCUAGUGUGGACACUCCUGCGCCAGGGGCCCUACGGCAGCCAUCCCGUGGCCCGACGGGCCCUUGUGGUCACACCUGGCAGCCUGGUGAAGAACUGGGCAGCCGAGUUCAACAAGUGGCUGGGGAAGGAAAGGAUUGGCGUCUUCACCGUGGACCAGGACCACCGGGUGGAGGAGUUUCUGUCAUCUCCCCGCUUCACUGUUCUGGUCAUCAGCUAUGAGAUGCUGCUGCGCUCGGUGGAGCAGGUGUCACGGGUGGAGUUUGGCCUCGUCGUCUGCGAUGAGGGCCACCGCCUGAAGAACAGUAACAUCAAGACAUCCACGGCGCUCAGCAGCUUGGCGUGCAACCGCAGGAUCAUCCUCACUGGCACUCCGGUCCAGAACGACCUGCAAGAAUUCUAUGCCAUCAUUGAGUUUGUGAACCCAGGCGUCCUUGGCUCACCGUCAGCCUACAGGAAGGUGUACGAGGAGCCAAUCGUCAGGUCCCGUCAGCCUUCCGCCACAGAGGAGGAGAAACGUUUGGGCGAGGAGAGAGCUGCUGAACUUAACUGCCUCACGGGCCUCUUCAUCCUGCGCCGGACCCAAGAGAUCAUCAACCGCUAUCUGCCACCCAAGCUGGAGUGGAUCGUGUUCUGCAGGCCGUCGCAGCUGCAGCUGGAAGUGUACCGGAAACUCCUGACACACCGCGUGGUGCGAGCAUGCCUGCAGGGGGCGCUGGAGAACAGCCCGCAUCUCGUCUGUAUCGGAGCCCUCAAGAAGCUGUGUAACCACCCGAGUCUGCUGUACGCCACAGUUCAGGAGAAGGGCGACAGCAUCGCGCAGGACCCGUCGGAGAGCACACUCUACCAGGGUCUGGAGGAACUCUUUCCAGAAGGUUACUCUGCCGGGGGCUUCCACACUGCCCACUCGGGGAAGCUUCUGGUGCUCUGCGACCUGCUGGCGGCCGUGAAAGAGUUCAGCCCCUCCGACAGGGUGGUGCUGGUCUCCAACUACACUCAGACCCUGGAUCUGCUGCAGGACUUGUGUGGGCACCUGGGAUAUAGCUUCUGCCGUUUGGAUGGGCAGACGCCGGUUGCGCAGCGACAGCGCCUGGUGGACCGCUUCAACAACAGGUACUCCACGGACUUUGUCUUCCUGCUCAGCUCCAAGGCGGGAGGCGUGGGCCUCAACCUGGUCGGUGCCUCCCACCUCAUCCUGUACGACAUCGACUGGAACCCGGCCAAUGACAUCCAGGCGAUGGCGCGAGUGUGGCGGGACGGCCAGAGGAAGACCGUCCACAUCUACCGCCUCCUCACCACAGGGACCAUCGAAGAGAAGAUCUACCAGCGGCAGGUGAGCAAGCAGGGCCUCUCUGGAGCCGUGGUGGACUCCUCCAAGCGGGCUGAGCACAGCAGCUUUCCCGCGGAGGAACUGAAGGACCUCUUCACGCUCCACGAGGGCUCGGAGUGUGUGACCCAUGACCUGCUGGGCUGCUGCUGCACCGGAGACGGCAGCGCGCCAGGUGCGACAGUGCAGCAGGAGACCCCCGAGCAGCGGCCAUGCCAACUGGGUCGCCGUAGCGACAGGCCCAGCACCCAAGGGCACCUCACCAUGUCUGAACUCAUGCAGUGGCGCCAUUACUCCAGCCGCAGCACCUCCUUCUCGGACGCCUACCUGGACCGGGUGCAGAGCCACAUCUCGUUUGCCUUCCGGAGCACCGCUUCGACCCCCCAGCCGCCCCCCCAACAGCAAUCUGUCUCCCUCUCAACAGCUGAUGUCUCAUCUUUCGCUCAGCCCAGCUGAAGUGACUGUCUGGAGAGACCAGGCUGGGAUAGCGAUACUUCCAAAAGUAUAAAUAUCAGUAUAAUAUACAUUUUUACAAUUCUGAACAUUUUUAAGUGUUAGUCAGUUCAGUGCUACAGUGUUUAUUUGCAAAUUUGUGA